AAAUAUACGUGCAGCAUUUAUAUGCGAGAGGUGUCGUAUGAUUAUUGCUGCAUUAAAAUUUUAAGUAACAGUGAAACAAUACCGAUAUGAGAAUGGCAGUCGAAUUCCACGUCUCCUGACAAUCCAGACACAGUCUCUGACGGUCUCCGACGUGAAUGUUCUCAGUCAGAAUACUCAAUUUCGAGAUAAUGCAUUCCUAACCUCCAACAUGGUGUAAAUCCAGUUUCAUCUAGUUUUAUAUAAUUUAACAAGAAAUUCUCUGUCGUCACGUUCGAAUAACGAAUAAAAGGGACAACGUAAAACGAAACUGAUCCGCUUGGUGCAACUCGCGCAUUGCUUGUGCGAUUUGGAAUUUCAUGUUUGACAGCUAUGGAAAAUCAGAUCCACUCGGAGUUAAUUCUGAAGGAGGAGCGGGAGGAAGACGAGACGAAGGUAAGCCGCUGCUCUACUGGGACUGCCGAGAGCGAGAAGAGCGUCACCCCCGACGGGUCGGCGAUCGGGAUACGGCCAAAACCUCUAAUCUACAAGCCGGAAAACGUGAGCAUCGGCUGCAAGUCUGAGCCACUCGAGACAAAAUGGCAUUGGGCCCCAGGAGCGUGGCAAGACUCGACCAGGACCAGCGCCUUCCAACCGUACAAGCCACCUACCCUGCUCACGAAUUUACAAAGAGGCAACACUCAAACGCAGAUACACCAGCUCUAUGUCGGCAACGAUAUCACGUUUCAUACCUUGGCGGGUCAGGGAGAACUUACAUCUGAUCAUUUACAUUCAAACUCAGUGGAUAUGACUGAUGAACAGGGCUUAACAGGAUUGAUGUGGGCCUGUGCUUACGGACAAAUAGGUAGCGUUAAACAAUUGCUCAAAAGGGGCGCUAGUAUAAAUCAUUGUGGACCAAACUUACAAACCAGUCUACAUCUGGCAGCUGCUUACGGUCAUCACGAUAUUGUCAAAUUAUUGUUAAAUCAUGGAGCUGACCCUAACGCAUGUGACGAAGAUGGUAAUACUCCAUUAAUAUAUGGAGCACACUGCGAUCAUCCACACGUAUGUUACGAAUUAUUAAUAAAAGGUGCAGAAGUAACACUUACUAAUGUCUCAAAUAUAAGUGCCUAUAAAGCAGCAAUUAUAAAUAAUUCGAUGAAUGCUAAAGCGGUUAUUGAGAAUCAUUUGAUACCACAAAUUAUAAGUAUGCCAAUGGAUGAAUUAUAA